CCGGAAGUAUUGCAAAAGGAUUUCAGUAUAGCGUUGUAUACAUUUCAGUUUGGUUUAAAGGGGUUGUUGUUUUCCUUCAUCCGUGGUAGAAAAUGAACGCGCCCCCAGCCUUCGAAUCGUUUCUACUUUUCGAGGGAGAAAAAAAGAUUACAAUUACAAAGGAUACGAAGGUACCGAAUGCUUGCCUGUUUACAUUGAACAAAGAAGACCACACAGUUGGAAAUAUUAUAAAAUCACAAUUAUUGAAAGACCCACAAGUUUUAUUUGCUGGCUACAAAGUUCCACAUCCUCUAGAAUACAAAAUUGUUAUCAGAGUACAGACUACCCCAGACUAUAGUCCCCAGGAGGCCUUCACAAAUGCUAUAACUGAUCUGAUCAGUGAGCUGUCCUUGCUGGAGGAAAGAUUCAGGGUUGCCAUCAAGGACAAACAGGAGGGCAUUGAAUAAAGUGAUGUGGGUGGUGUGUUAGACUGCUUCUGCUAUAAGAUGAUUACUCAUGAAUCAGAAACUUUCUGGAUUGAAUGACCCUUCAUUUUAUAUUCCUGCAUUCAGGAUUAUUUUUUUUUUAUUUAUUUUUGAAGGUCUGUUUGCUUACUGUGUCAGAUUUUUUUUUCUUUAUCUGUUAGUUCUACCCUCCAAGGACUUUUACUUAAAUAUGUUAUUUACACACUCUUGAAACUCAUGUUUUGUACAUAUUCCUUUGCAAAUGAAUUUUAAGUUUGUAGUCCCCACCAUCUGUAUGAGAAACAAAUAAAUGUUCUAGUGUUUAA